AUGGCAAUGGCACCGAGAGUCCUUCUCCUCCUUGCUUUGGUGGCCGUAGCCAGCGCCACCUACUGCCCUCCGCCACCAGCGCCGGUUCCGGUGCCCCGCCAUGGCUCGUGCCCCCAGAACGCGCUCAAGCUGCACGUGUGCGCCAACGUGCUGGGCCUGGUGAAGGCCAAGAUCGGCGUGCCCCCCACCGAGCCCUGCUGCUCGCUCCUCGACGGGCUCGUCGACCUGGACGCCGCCGUCUGCCUCUGCACCACCAUCAAGGCCAACAUUCUCGGAAUCCACCUCAAUCUCCCCAUCGACCUUAGUCUCAUCCUCAACAACUGCGGAAAGAUAUGCCCGGAAGACUUCCAGUGCAUCCACUAG